CACUGCACCUACACGCAGCCUCCGAAUGCUACAUCGUCGGCGAGAUGCUACCGAGCCCCAUUUCGACAUUCCGCUUUAAGAACAGAGUCUGCGCAAUGGGCUCCAGAGUUUAGCGGUUGGUCUGCGGUGAAAAUUAACUAGAGAGAAAAGAGGGAUAAGAGGACCAUUUUUCCUAGGAAUAAAAAUACGCACAGAAGGACACAAGACUGGAAAUCAAAAGCAGACUGACUGAGGGGGGAAUUUGGGGACAGUCAUGGCGGGGGCGGGAGCGAAGGGAAGGAAAGCGGGGCUCCCUGGUUUUUGUUGGAAAACCUGUUAUUUUCAUCUUUUAUUCUGGGUCGUUUCGUUAUGUGGUGAAGAGAAGACCUUCAUCGUAGAGACGUGGCUGAAGAACUAUGGCUACCUGCUCCCCCACAACAUCCGAACGUCGGACAUCCGCUCGGAGAAGGCCAUGCAGUCUGCUGUCGCUGCCAUGCAGCGGUUCUACGGCAUCCCGGUGACGGGCGUGCUGGAUCAGACCACCAUUGAGUGGAUGAGGAAACCUCGGUGCGGGGUCCCAGACCACCCGAGCAUCAGUCGUCGGAGGCGGAAUAAGCGAUUUGCCCUCACUGGUCAGAAAUGGAGGGACAAACAGAUCUCUUACAGCAUACACAACUACACACCUAAAGUGGGCGAGGUGGACACGAAGCGAGCGAUACGCCAGGCCUUCGACGUGUGGCAGGCGGUGACCCCGCUGACCUUUCAGGAGGUCGACUCCAAGGAGAUGAAGGCCCUGGGCAAGGAGGCGGACAUCAUGAUCUUCUUCGCAUCGGGGUUCCACGGCGACAGCUCGCCGUUCGAUGGUGAAGGAGGCUUUCUGGCCCACGCCUACUUCCCCGGCCCGGGCAUCGGUGGAGACACACACUUUGACUCGGACGAGCCGUGGACGUUAGGGAACGCAAAUCAUGACGGGAACGACCUCUUCCUAGUGGCGGUGCACGAGCUGGGCCACGCGCUGGGUCUGGAACAUUCCAACGACCCCAGUGCUAUCAUGGCACCCUUCUACCAGUACAUGGAGACGCACAACUUCAAGCUGCCACUCGACGACCUUCAAGGCAUCCAGAAGAUUUACGGCGUGCCCACUGCGAUGAUGGAGCCUACACGGCCUCUGCCCACUCUCCCCGCCGGACGCAGUGACAAGAAGCACAACCGCAGCUCACGGCCCGCGCGACCGCCCUCCCUCGACCGGCCGUCCAAUGGCAAGCCCAACAUCUGCGACGGCAAUUUCAACACGGUGGCCUUCUUCCGGAGGGAGAUGUUUGUCUUCAAGGACCGAUGGUUCUGGCGACUGCGGAACAACAAGGUGCAGGAAGGCUACCCGAUGCAGAUCGACCAGUUCUGGAAGGGCCUUCCGCGCGGCAUCGACGCGGCCUAUGAGAGGUCGGAUGGGAAAUUUGUGUUCUUCAAAGGUGACAAGUACUGGGUGUUCAAAGAGGUGAGCGCUGAACCCGGCUACCCGCACAGCCUGGUGGAGCUGGGCACCAGCCUCCCGCAGGACGGCAUCGACACCGCCGUGCGCUGGGAGUCCGUGGCCAAGACGUACUUCUUCAAGGGCAACCAGUACUGGCGCUACAACGAGGAGAAGCGCACCGUGGACGCCGGCUACCCCCGCUCCAUCUCCGUGUGGAAAGGCGUCCCCGAGGCGCCACAAGGAGCUUUUGUCAGCAGGGAGGGAAUGUACACCUACUUCUACAAAGGCAAGGAUUACUGGAAGUUUGAUAACUCCAAGCUUUUCGUGGAGCCCGGCUACCCCAAGUCCAUCUUAAAAGACUGGAUGGGCUGUGACCAGUCCGACAUGGAGAAGAACAAGGAUCGGCAGCUGCCCCACGACGACGUGGACAUCAUGGUGGCCAUCAACGACGUUCCGAGCACCGUCAACGCCAUCGCCGUGGUGAUCCCUUGCAUCCUCUCCCUGUGCAUCCUGGUUUUGGUCUACACCAUCUUUCAGUUCAAGAACAAAGGGGUGCAGCAGAACGUCACCUACUACAAACACCCCGUGCAGGAGUGGGUAUGACAGGCUAGGUGGCGCUAGCUGAAGGCUAACGGAUAGAACAGUUUUUGAGAGGGCUACAAAAAAAAGAAAUAACAAAAAAGACAAACAAACGCUUUGGGUGCAUCAUGUGAUCAGUGCCUGUCUUUGCACAAUCUAUUGUGAGACGAGGGGUAAAGGAAGGAGCAAAUCCCUUUGGGGUUUCGUACAACCCUCCCUCCCUACUCCUCCCAAAACCCCCUCCGUGAAGAAACCUUAAAAAACGAUUGCCACAGAAUUGUGUGUGUACCGUUACCAUGAGCCGAGAAAAGAAAACGAACAAAAACAAACACAACAAAACCACACCGAAACUGUGGGAGGCUCUGUCUGGAGCGCGCGAUGGAGCUGUCUUCCCACUGGUUGGUCUAAUGCACCUGUUCUCCACCUGUCCUCUUCUAUCUGGCCCGGUCACUGGAGGCCAUAUGGCGACCCGCAUACUGUCCCUCCGCCAGACUGCCCACAGACUGUCCUCCAGAGGGACAGAGACGGAGCAUGCCUCGCAGUCAGAUACCAGCAGUUCCUGUCUUAAUCCAACAUGGACUUGUACAUGAAUUUCAAAAGUAAUAUCAGUUGUGAAACAAGAAGAGCGAAUCAAAUUUAAAAAAAAAAAGAAAAAAGAAAACACAAAACAAAAUAAACUAAAAUGUAGGUAGAAAUGCCAUAGAAAUUGAGAGUGAGAAAAGGAAGAUUGUUGUGGAACAGUUUUAAGACUUUUUAAGUUUACGGAAUGACCUUGAGUUCAGGCUGAGAAAGACGUUGUUAUGGUUUACUCUAUGUUCACUCAACUUGUACUGCACAGCACUGGCGCAGUCUAAACGCUGGCUAGUGGACAGUGGUCAGGCUGCUGAUGAACUCUGACCCCACACACACACUCCACUUGUUCCGUGGAGCGGGUAGAAGACUCCUCUGCCUUGAGUUCACUUGGAAGUUUUCAAUCACUGAAAGUCUACCAAUUUAUAUAUUUUGUUUUUAUUUUAUGGAUUUGCAUUGCCUCUUUUUUUCUAGGAAUACAUGUCAGUGCUCUGAUUUCCUAUGUAACUAAUGUAAAUCAAACGUCUAUUGUAAUUACUUAUUGUUACAGUGUUAUAGCUUUGGAAUGGCUCUGUAACAUUCAGGCAAACCACAUCCCUUUCCUGUUAAGGUAUUUCCAGGCUUCAGGUACAGUGUAACAGUAAAUAAUUACAGCAUGCGCUGCGUCACACUCACUGACAUAAGUGCUCAGGAGGAGACAAUAAGACCUUUUUUUCCCUUUGAUUUCCUGUUUUUCCUCAUAUAAUACUACCUUUUUCAGACAUAAGCAAGCCACAUUGACUUUUCUGUGUGAAUCAGGAAAUAAAAAAAAACUGAAAAUAAAAAAAACAGGAAACAAAAACACAAUUCAUCCCCAAUUCAAAUUCACCCCCAGCUAGCUUUGCAAGGACAGGCUUCUCAUUAGUGCUAUGAUGUUAAGAUUGCUACGUCAGUAUUUGGCCUUGGUGUGAGAAUGGUUUUGAGAACUGAGGUAGCGUUAGAUGUCAUAUACUUUAAUUAACCUGCAGUGCUGAAAACAUAACAGUGGCAGUAAGACAUCAUGUCUAGUCCUCUUCCUCAUGCAAAAUAGGAGGAUGGAUGCCAAAU